AUGUUCGUCUACGCCUGCGGCAGCCUUCCCCUCAUCCAUGCCCUGCGGGCUGCCUGCGCUGAGGAGGGAUAUGAGAUGCCGUCGAGUGGGGCAUGGGAUGAGUCAGGCAGCGAUGGGUCUGGGUCAGACAUGGACGAGAACGAAAACGCGCCAUCAGAAGCGCAAGAGAGGCCAGAAGAAGCCAGUGACACGCCACCAGAAGCAGAGGGGGAUGGUGCGGGUGUAUGUGUGUGUUCUGAUGUAGAAGGUGUUGGAGUUGGUGAGGAGGAGAGUUUGUCGGCCUCGUCAGCCCCGUCGGCCUCUUCAUCUAGCGCUUCGCUGCGGCAGUGCUGGUAUGCGGAUGACUCGUCGGCGCUCGGCAAACUUCACGGCAUCCUCGUGUGGUUUCGAGCCCUGCGUCGCAUCGGUCCCUCAUACGGCUAUCACCCAGAGACCGCCAAGUCCUUCCUCGUCGUCAAACCCGAGCUCGAGCAGAUCGCAAGGGAACUCUUCGAGCCCGAGGGGGUGCAGAUCGUCACGGGCAAGAGGUUCCUGGGCGGCUACGUGGGCGAUGAGGGGGGAAGGGCGGCGUUCCUCUGCGAGAAGGUCGAGGGGUGGGUGCGCGGCGUGCGCGCGCUCACGUCUGCUGCCCGCAACUUCCCACACACGGCCCACGCGGCAAUGACGAGGUCUCUGCAGAUGGAGUGGGACUACGUCUUUCGUGUCGUGCUCACCGACGAGUGCGCUCUCAGCCCCCUCCGCGAGGCCAUCGCCAAGGAGCUGCUGCCGGCCCUCCUCGGCGGCCCUGUGACGCCGUCCGAGGUCGACCUGAUGCUGCUGCCUGCCCGGCAUGGCGGCACCGGCAUACGUGACCCUCUCGACCGUGCCGCAGCCGCCUACCCCGCUUCCCGCGCGAGCACCAAGGUGGUCUCCAAGUCCGUCCAAGGCAAGGCUCCGUUCCACCCUGGCGACCAUCGUGCCACCAUCCGCCACGCCCUCACCCGGAGCAAGCAGCAGCAGGACGUCGCCCACAAGACCAAGAGGGAGGCCGCCCUGCCGCACAUCGACCGCCGGCGCCAUCGCGUCCUCUCCCGCAGCGCCGAGUA